AUGAGACAUCAAUCGAUCGCCAUAAAGGGAAAGCUCCUUUGCGGAUCGAAACCGGCGGCAAACGUGCGCGUGAAAUUGUGGGAAGAGGAUUCGGGCCCUGAUCCGGACGAUCUUUUAGCUCAAGGAUACACGGAUAGUAAUGGGCAAUUCCAUCUGGAGGGUGGCGAGGCUGAGUUGACAGCGAUCGAUCCAGUGUUCAAGGUGUAUCACGAUUGCGAUGAUGGGAUCAAGCCCGGUUCACGGAAAGUGAAAUUCCGUCUUCCCAAGAGCUACAUUACCGACGGGAAAAAGGCGGCCAAGACUUUCGACUUCGGCUCACCAAAUCUUGAGACAAUCUUCGCUGAGGAAGAGCGCGAGAUGAUCGUUUCA